CUUUAGACUGUUGCUGAGAUAAUUCAAAUAUUUUAAUGUGUUUAUGGCGUUAUUAAUUAUUGAUAUAAAGCAAUGGCUAUAUUAACUCAGUAUUGGGGUCUUGAUGGCCUCCUUCUAUUUUUUUGUAUAAUCAUAGGAAUUUAUUUAUACUUUACAAGGAAUUUCAAAUAUUGGAAAAAGCUAGGAGUCAAAGAAAUUCCACCUACAGUGUUUUUCGGCAACUUGGGGCCUUGCCUUUUAGCUAAAAGAUCGAUAAUUGACGUUCUUCAAGAUAUGUACGACGUUGGUAAAAAUGAAUUGUUCAUUGGAUAUUAUGUAUUAGAUAAACCUCACCUUUUACUUCGUGAUCCAGAAUUGAUAAAACAUGUGUUGAUAAAGGACUUCAAUUAUUUCUCAAGUAGAAAUGCAACUUCUCGUUCAUCCGAUAUUGUUGGAAAAAUGAACCUUUUUGUUGUUAGAAAUCCAGAAUGGAAAUAUAUAAGACAAAAACUUUCACCAAUUUUUACAUCUGGUAGAUUAAAGAAAAUGUUUGAGUUGAUGCUUGAGAUUGAAAAAGAUUUUAGUGUUUAUUUGGAGUCUCUGAAUCUCGAUGGAAAUGGUCGGCCAUUGGAUAUAAAAGAAAUUUGUGCAAAGUAUACGACUGAUUUAAUUGGAAUAACAGCGUAUGGAAUGAAAUUCAAUUCUUUGCUAGAUCCUGAUGCUUUACUACGCAAAGUUGGAAAAGAUAUAUUCGGUAGAACAUAUAGACGUCACAUAGAAUUAUUUUCAGCCAUACUAAUCCCAGAACUUGUUAAGGCUUUUGGUAUUCAAAUAUUCGGUAACGGUGCAACUAACUUUUUAAAAAAAGUUUUUUGGGAAGCAAUCGACCAAAGAAUAAAAUCAGGUGCGAAACGAGCUGAUUUGAUAGAUCUACUUAUUGAUUUAAAGAAAGAGCAAGAAAAUGAUUCAGACAGUAACAAGAUUGAAUUACAGGGCGAUGCUUUAGUUGCACAAGCCGCCAUUUUUUUUACGGGAGGAUUCGAGACUUCUUCAACAACAAUGACGUAUACGUUGUAUGAACUGGCUAAAGCCCCAGAGUUGCAAGAAAAACUAAGGAAAGAAAUUUUAGAUAUUUUGAGUCAAAGUGAUGGGAUGAUAACUUACGACAUGAUAACGUCUCAACUACCAUAUUUGGAUAUGGUAGUUUCUGAAACUUUAAGAAUGUAUCCAAUUUUGCCAUUUUUGGAUAGAGUAGCAAAUAUGGACUAUGAAUUUCCUGGUACAAAAUUGACUGUAAAAGCUGGAUCUUCAGUUGUUAUCCCAUUGUAUGCAAUUCAAAAUGAUCCACAAUAUUUUUCUAAGCCACGUAUUUUUGAUCCUGAAAGAUUUUCUCCAGAAAAUAAACGUAAUAUAAAGCCUAAUACUUACUUUCCAUUUGGCGAUGGACCGCGUGUAUGCAUUGGUAUGCGUCUAGGACUUCUACAAAUGAAACUUGCGCUUGUUCAUUUAUUAUCUAAAUACAAAUUUUCUCCUUCUAAAGAAACUCCAAUACCAUUAGAAUUUGAUAACUUAAGCGUAUUUACACAUAGUGCUGAAAAUAUUAUACUUAAUGUACAAAAAAUUUGUAUAAAAUAAUAAUAAUAAUAGUAGUAGUAGUAAUAAUAAUAAUAAUAUAUUCACAAAUUUUGUCUGUGAACCUCAUAUUUUACAUACAUUGUAUUAGGUAUCGUUUUGAUGGCCUCUGUAAAUAUUUAUUAUAACAUCUUAAAGCAGAAAACGUUUGCCACGAGUGUCCUUUAAUGGUGUGUCUACGUAGCGUGCCAGUUUAAUAGGGUAUAAUUGUCGAAUUAAAGUAUUAAAACCUUAAUAUAAUUGAUUAUAAAAUAAAGGUUAUGGCUGUUAGGGUGGGUUGGUUUCCAUUUUUCCUAUCAUCAAUCCGGUAAUGGUAAAUUGUUAUCGAUGGGACCACAACAUCCAUAAAUAGAAGACCUAUCUGUAGGCGUUAAAUUACCAUACAAACAGUUUAAGUACUCUAAUAAGUAAAUGCAUUCAGAUGUUUGUAUUCGAUCUUUAUGGUUGUCAAGUUUUUUAGUCGGAUGAGUUUGUUUCAUGCUAUCUUAGGAUAACGUAUAUAAAAUAGAAUACUUUAUUCUUUUCUUUUUAUUAUUAAGACAAUUUAACAACAGCAAAUAUAAGGCUCCAGCGAACAAAAGCCAGCGAGCCCUCGCGGAUGAACUUUUUGCCCAUUAAACAACCAACGUUUAAGAUUACGUUUUUUAAACUGCUUUCUUCUAUCUUUAUCGCCAAAAAUUAUUUUUUAUGGAAACCGUCCAAACUAAAAAUAUUUUGUAAAUAAAUAGUAUACUAUUAAUAAAAAUAUAUGGUUAGAUUGCGA